GUCGCCGUUCAGCUUCUGUUCGCACAGACGAGUUUUCCUCAUCAGUGUGUGAUUGUGCGGGUCACAAAGCUCUCAGAUCGCCUUCAGCAUGUCCCUGUGUCCUCUCCGGACUCAUAUCGGUGUGCUCUGUUUUUAAAGCGGUCUCAGGGGUGGAAAUAAACCUGUCUGGAUGAGUUUGAUGAAAAGGGCGAUCUACUGAAGAGGAGGAGCCGCAUACACGUAUGCACAAACACACGGAGACAAUCGACCAGCAGACACAUUUAUUAACUUAUUAAACAUGAGACGCUUCGGUCGGCACAACAUACACACAUCACGGUGCUAGAUGGUGGUUGUGAAGGCAGUACGUAAUGCUGAAGGGGCUCGUCCUGAGUCAGAAUGAGUGUCAAAGAUGGCGACGGGACGACUAGCCAAGAUGGAAAGGCCUACGAACUUCAGAUAUACCCCCGACUCUCUCUGGAGACUGCGUCGUGCUGUAUACUCCGAGUCACCAAGGAGGCCACCGCAGCUAGCGUCAUACGGGAUGCGGCUGAGACCCUUGGACUGGAUACCAGAAAGCUAUAUGUCCUGGCUGAGGUGAAGGAGUGCGGUGGGGAGGAGUGGGUGCUGGAAUCGACUGACCUUCCCGUGCACAGGGUUCUUCUUUGGCCGAGAAAAGCCCAGGAACAACAUUCUCAGAAAGAGGGAUUUUACUUCCUCCUGCAAGAGCGCAACCACGAUGGCUCCAUCCGCUACGUGCACCUACCUACCAUGGGGAACGAGCAGGAGUCCAAGCGACUGGUUGCUCGGGGUUUCCUCCCACCCCAGCAGGAGGACCUUGAGGACCUCUGUAACCUUCCAGUCCUAAAUGAGGACAGUAUCUUGGAUAACCUCCGCAUUCGUUUUCAGAAGAAGAAAAUUUAUACAUAUGCUGGCAGUAUCCUCAUUGCUAUUAAUCCCUUUAAGUUCUUACCCAUUUACAACCCCAAAUAUGUCAAAAUGUAUGAGAACCACCAGUUGGGCAAGCUGGAGCCCCAUAUUUUUGCCAUUGCUGAUGUAACCUACUAUGCCAUGUUGCGCAAGCACAUCAACCAGUGUAUUGUUAUCUCAGGAGAGAGCGGUUCGGGCAAAACGCAAAGCACUAACUUCCUCAUUCACUGCUUGACCGCUCUCAGCCAGAAGGGUUACGCAAGCGGAGUGGAACGAACCAUUUUGGGUGCUGGACCAGUGCUAGAGGCAUUUGGCAACGCAAAGACGGCCAACAACAACAACUCCAGUCGAUUCGGAAAGUUCAUCCAGGUCAAUUACCUGGAGAGUGGAGUGGUGCGCGGGGCUGUGGUUGAGAAAUAUCUACUGGAAAAGUCACGUCUGGUGUCCCGAGAGAAGAACGAGAGGAACUACCACGUGUUUUACUAUCUGCUGGUAGGCGCGUCGGAGGAGGAGCGGCGGGAGUUCAGACUCCUGCAACCAGAAGAAUACUUCUACCUCAAACAGGAAAACUUUAUGAUAGAAGAUGCAGACGACCUUCGCCAUGACUUCGAGCGACUGCAGCAGGCGAUGGAGAUGGUGGGCUUCCUCCCGGCCACCAAGAGACAGAUAUUCUCCGUCCUGUCGGCCAUCUUGUAUCUGGGAAAUGUGACGUACAGUCAGAAGUCGUCCGGUAGAGAGGAAGGUCUGGACGUGGGGCCGCCGGAGGUGCUUUCCACACUUUCAGACCUGCUUAAGGUUAAGGAGGAGCCUUUGGUGGAGGCUCUUACUAAGAGGAAAACGGUGACCGUAAACGACAAGCUGAUUCUGCCCUACAGCCACAGCGAGGCGAUCACCGCUCGAGACUCCAUGGCCAAGUCUCUGUACAGCGCCCUGUUCGACUGGAUCGUCCUGCGCAUCAAUCACGCGCUGCUUAAUAAGAAAGACAUGGAGGAGUCCGUUUCGUGCUUAUCCAUUGGCGUGCUCGAUAUCUUCGGCUUUGAAGACUUUGAGACCAACAGCUUUGAACAAUUCUGCAUCAACUACGCCAACGAGCAGCUCCAGUAUUACUUCAACCAGCACAUUUUUAAACUUGAACAGGAGGAGUAUCAGGCUGAGGGCAUCACCUGGCACAACAUCGAUUACACCGAUAACGUCGGCUGUAUCCACCUCAUCAGCAAGAAGCCCACUGGACUCCUCUAUUUACUUGAUGAGGAGAGCAACUUUCCUCACGCCACUGAUAAAACCUUGCUGGCUAAGUUCAAACAGCAGCACCAACAGAACCAUUACUUCGUGCCAACUCCAGUGAUGGAACCAGCCUUCGUCAUCCUCCAUUUUGCUGGGAAGGUCAAAUACCAGAUAAAGGAUUUCCGUGAGAAGAACACGGAUCACAUGCGUCCGGAUAUCGUGGCUCUCUUGCGAAGCAGCGACCGAGCUUAUGUCCGGCAGCUGAUUGGGAUGGACCCGGGGGCGAUGUUCCGAUGGGGAAUCAUCCGCGCCUCCAUCCGCGCAUUGGCCGCCUUCAACGAGGCCGGCCGCCGCUGGGCAGCCAAGACUGCGGGUGUGGUCAGACCGAACUCCAGAGUUCCUCUAGGAGAGCUGCAGAGAUCUAACGUGCCCAUUGAGAGGAUGUACCGCCAUGCUCCUAUGCUUGAUUUCUCCUUUGAUCAUUCAGAGGAGCGCCCUCUAGAGGCUUUUGAGGACAUCUUUGCUAGUUGUGAGAGUAAGAAGGACAUGCAUGCCCAAAUCAUCAACUCCAUUAAGGACUUGCAGUUGGAUGGAGAAGAUCCACGUAAGCUGCUGCAGUCCUGGGGUCGCCUGCGGUUCCCACGCCACGUCCUCCAGAAAAACAAGAACCCCAAGACCAGGCAACUCAUUCCCAAGAACCUGUUGGACACUCGCUCGCUGAAAUAUGUAGUGGGCCUCCAUGACCGCACCACCAAGUCUUUACUUCAUCUGCACAAGAAGAAGCGUCCUCCCAGCAUCAGUGCCCAGUUUCAAACAUCUCUUAGUAAGCUCCUGGAAACACUGGGGAAGGCGGAGCCAUUCUUCAUCCGAUGCCUCCGCUCUAAUGCUGAGAAGAAGGAAAUGUGUUUUGAUGAGGCACUCAUUGUGCAGCAGCUGCGGUACACAGGCAUGUUGGAAACAGUGCGCAUCAGACGUUCAGGUUAUGGAGCCAAAUACACCUUUCAGGAGUUUACUGAGCAGUUUCGUGUGUUACUACCAAAGAAUUCUGCGUCUCUGGAGGAUAUAUCAUCUUUAUUGCACAGGCUUGGCUUUGACCACACUACCUACCAGAUUGGAAAAACCAAGGUGUAUCUCAAAGAGCUCGAAAGACAGAAGCUUCAGGACAUCCUCCACAAGGAUGUUAUGCGCAAAAUCAUUUUCUUGCAGCACUGGUUUAGAGCUAAAAUAGAGAGGAUGGAUUUUAUUAGAAUGAGAGAGGCAGCCAUCUUGAUCCAGCGCUCAUGGCGUAGGUUCCGCAAAGAGAAGUUCUACCAAGCGGCAGUUUUGAUCCAAUCAGCAUGGCGAGGUUCCAAACAGAGAGCUGGAUAUCAAAAAACACGAGCAUCCAUCACAAAGAUGCAGGCACUUGCAAGAGGGCAUUCGGCUCGCAAACGGUACUACUCACUAAAGGAAGAAAAGAGGAAAAGAGAUGAAGAGGAAGCUUGCCGAAAAAAAGAGGAGGAGGAAGCAGCACAACGAGCUAAAGAAGCAGAAGAGGCAGCUAGGCAAGCUAAAAAGGAAGAAGAGGCAGCCAGGCAUGCCAGAGAGGAACAGGAAGCAGCUAGAAGACAGAAAGAGCAAGAGACUCUACUACAACAACCACUGGCACCAGGCAAGCAGUCCAACAAUGUGGAGACACUAGUGCUGGAGCGCAGUAAGGCUCCUGUGGAUGUUGAGAUUGGAAGUAAGGGCACGGCCCAAGUUGAUGUCUCAAAAGACCGAAGUAAUUCUGAGAUAGUUCCACAAGUGGAGGCUGGUCCUCCUGAGGUUAAAGAACACCAGAAGCAAAAGGAAAAUGAAUCUUCUGCACAUCCCAGGGAGGAAGGUACACAAACUAAACCUACGUCUCUUGAAAUCCCAAGUGGACAAAGCCAAAACAGAGCUCCUCCGCUCGCCAAGCUGCCAGUAUCCAGAAGUCAGGAGAAACGGGAGCUUAGGAGACAACGUGGCCUAGAGCACAGCCAGAGAGAAAGUGAGAGAGCAGCAUUAGCUGGAAAAGACAAUACUUUCUUCGAGAGCAAAACUCUAGAGAGACCAGGGAAAGUAGACAGCAAGUUGAAGGAGCGAUCUGACAGCAAAGAGUUGGAUCAGUACACCUUUGUGGCUUGGAAAGUAGACAAGGUGAAGAAGGAUGCCAAAGAUGUCCCACCUGAACUUGUUCGACCUUCCACCUUACCCUUGGAUAUCCCUAAUUCAGGACCUGAAAGAAAUGGUUACACAGACCCGUCCAUCACCGCUCAACCUGCUCUCGCCAAAGAAGAGGACAACAGGAAAAAAGAACCAACAAGAAGCAGCACUCAGCCAGAAAACCUCAUGGCAGGACCCCACAGUCAGGAGGACAGGAACAUCAAAACUCUCCAGAAUCGCGGGAUCUCUAUGUCACUAGACGAUGUGUCCAAAAUAGGCUUGGGCGGUUCAUCACAGAAGCAGCCCAGCACUGAGGGUGGCACUGAUAAAGCAAAGGCCAGCACACUGAAGGAAAAAGCUCAUGACAGCCAAAGCCUGCAAGAUGUGCCACCUGUCCAGCCAUCGACCCCAGAGAGGACAACAGGGUUUUUCAGAAAGAUUCUGAAGAAGCGUCCACAUAAAGAAGCUCAGACCCCGGAAGAUGGAGACCUGAGCCUAGCUUCCUUUUUGGAUCAAAAAGAAGCAACUUCUCCAUCACGCUCGCACAAUUCAAAACCUAAUGCGAGUCGACCCACUCGGACGGCCAGCAUCAAUAUCAGUCACUCAGCAACUCGGGCCUCUGAGCGGUGCAACUCCUCGCUCAACCGUGUGAUCACCAAUUCGAAUGAGCUACGCCAUCUUGAUGAGUUCCUAGGCAAUCAGGUGAAUGAUCUGCGUUCAAGGGGAAAGCAGCUUUCAGGAACAGAGCACAUCUUCAUUACCGCCACGAUGCAGUUCAGAGAAAACAUCAAGGGGAUGUACUCAUUCUCUAAACCACAAAUUGGGUACGAGGCUUUGAUGAAGAGCUACCACAAUAAAGUGAUCAAUCUAGCUGGAGAAAAGCAGAAAGGUGAGGUGCCACUGGUGGUCAAUCUCUUCCAGUCAGUUCUGGACGGCUUCAUCAGAGCGGAGAUCAAAAAAGAAGAGGCCGAACCAGCCAAGCCCCCCAAAGGUCGGAAGAUGAGAAGGAAGAAGGACAAGGGCUUGGAGAAUCCAUUGGACCAUGUGUUUACGAACUACCAAGUCAACAUUAUGCAGUCUUGUGAUCAGUGCACGUCCUACAUCUGGGGCAUGGAGAAGGCCUACAUGUGCAGUUAUUGCAAAAUGGUUUGCCAUAAGAAGUGCAUUUGUAAAAUCGCCAUAGACUGCUCUACUUUCUGCUCUAAAAAGUGUGAUGAUGAGCCAGGAUCACAACACUUUGGUGUUCGUGUGGGCCACCUGGUCAACAACAAGACCCCUGUGCCAAUCGUUCUGGAGAUAAUGAUGGAACACGUGGAAAUGAAUGGCCUGUACACAGAGGGCAUUUACAGGAAGUCCGGCUCAGCCAAUCGCAUGAAGGAGCUACACCAGCUGUUGGAAACAGGCCCAGAGAACGUUUGUCUUGAGGAUCACCCAAUCCAUGCCGUAACUGGCCUGGUCAAACAGUGGUUAAGGGAGUUGCCUGAACCUCUCAUGACCUUCACGCACUACAACGACUUCCUCCGUGCAAUAGAACUGCCUGAAAAGCAAGAACAAUUGCAAGCCAUUUACAGAGUUUUGGAACAGCUUCCGGCUGCCAACUUCAACACCUUGGAGAGACUCGUUUUCCAUCUUGUCAGGGUUGCAAAGGAGGAGAAGAGUAAUCGGAUGACGCCAAACUCUCUAGCCAUUGUUUUUGCCCCCUGCAUCCUCCGUUGUCCGGACAGCGCUGACCCACUCAUGAGCAUGAAAGACGUCGCCAAAACCACCACUUGUGUGGAGAUGAUACUAAACGAACAAAUCCGGAAAUACAAUGAGAAAAUGGAGGAGAUCGAGCAGCUGGAAUACGCUGAGGCACUGGCAGUCAAUCAGCUCAAGCUUAAAAGACGAAACACGAGCUGGAAUUUACCUCUCAGGUUUAUCACUCCUUACAAAGAAGUGGCGAUCCGGGAGACGCCAGGUUCCGACCUUUGUGCUGUACCUGAGGAUGAGCCCCUGGAUUCAGAUACAGAAGCUGAGCGAAGCCUGAUGGAGCGGAUCAAGUCCAUCAAGCAAGAAAAAGAGGACCUUGCCUGCAGGCUACCAGAACUAGAACAGCCCGGUUCUGACCAGGAGAACCUGGACUCGGAGGCAUCUGUCAGCUCUGAGAGCCUGUUGGAUGAGCGAGCAGUCUGUUCGGACACGGAAGGACAAACAAUCGUAAUCCCAAGAUUAUCCAAACCAGCUUGCCUUCCUAAGUCUGUCACCCUGGCCCAAGGAGGCAGCACAUGGGCUGACGCCUCCUCUCUUCCUUCACUGUCUUCUCCCAGGCUUCAGCUCCAGCGUCGCUGUCCUGUCAUACCCCAAACGGUCAAGCUGCCCCCAGGAGUCUUGUGCCACCCGGCUGUACAGUCCCUCCCUCCCCGCAAAGCCCGGUCCCUCACCCUCGUCCAGCGGCGCGAGCAACCGGGCCGCCGCAAAGACAGCAUCCAGUCCCUCUACAUCGCCGCUGGAGUAGAUCUCCUCUUCCCGCCUUCACCUGCAGCCUCAGACACCGCCAGCGCACAGGAGCUCCAGACCUCCUCACGACGUUUCUCAGACCCAGACAUUGCUUUCGUAAAGGACGAGGUUUGAGUUGCAAAGUGGCAUGCUCUCGAAAGAGCAAUUUGAUUUUAUUGACGUCAUUGGCGCGGACUACUUGCCCCGGUCAUAGUGACUGAUAAAAGAGAAUGGUCUCACCUAGCACUUUUCCAUACUAAUAAUAUAUUGGAUUUUUAAAGAUACUUUUUUUAAGACUCAGAUUUGGGCGGCAUAUAGGCAUUGACAUGCAUCAAUGCUUUGCUUUUUUUUAACAGUCUUGCACCUUUGUGUCUUUUUAACGAAGAUGAAAACUAAUUCAACCAUGACGAGUGAUCCCUUGAUGGUGUUUUGUGGAUGGAUUUAUUCAUACACCCAAAGCUUUGUUCAUCUUAAAUGGACUUUUAAGUUGUAGAUCCUACUUCAAUUCCUGCACAAGAACUCAAUGGACAAGGUUUGACUAGAAGGGGGAAGGAUGCAGCACUAGCCACUUUCCUCUCGGACCAGAAUGCCAUAACCGAAUGCAAUUUUACAUCAUAACUCAGAACUUUUUCUUUUUUUCAUUUUGGUAAACGAUAUGACACUUUGGAUCUGCGUGGAUGUCUGUUCAGAAUAGCUUUGUGUAGGACAGUUAUUGGCCAAGCCAUUGUGUUGAAUACUAAAGUCAAGAGUUACGAGUGUUGUUGAUUGUUGAAUGAAAAGUAUGGAACGAAUGCCGGCUGGAUGUCUAUGAUGUAAAUUACAUUUUGCAUCAUGAGGACCGUAUGUGCCUACUAGUAUCGCUGUUUUUGAGUCCUCAGUGACGUUUUUUGCAUUUAAUGGAGAAAUGAAACUAAUUAUUUUCCUACAAUACAGUUUGUACUUGCCGCAAA